GAACGCCACAGUUUCUACAAGUAUACCGACGGGGAUCAAAUUUCUGUAGGGAAUUCAAAACAAAAAUAGUAUCACUAUUGAAUGCGCUGUGGCGGGUCAUCAAAGGUUGGCCUAGUGAAGCAUUUAUGCUCGUUUUUGUAAUCUCAGCGAUACACAGCAGUACUUGGUCUUAUUACCCGAUAGUUUCCAUAAACACUACUUAAUUCGCCAAUUAAAUUCUGUCAUGGAACUCGACCUUAAAGUAAGCACCUGCAAUGGGAAGCUUCAUGGCCGGGACAAAAUUACAAGAGCAAGUUUUUUGGUGAACUACUAUAUUGCAUUGCCUAAAUCUUUGACAACUUCUCAUGGAGACUUGACGCGAUAUCAAGGCAGACCCAUUUUCAAACCGCCAGUUGAAUCACCUAGUGAUAGGCAGUGCACGGAAGUUACCAGCAGUUGGACAGUACUACAUCCAUUAGAUUCAAUGUACUGUCCGUCAAUAUGAGCUUAGAUCGCCAGCAAACGAAUCGAGAGGGUGGCGCUGAGGGUUCAAAAAGGGAGCCACUGCCUCAAUUACAAUCUUCGUCGACAUCGGCAUCCGAGUCAAUUCGUUCCGAGAAGACGCCUUCCUUCAAAAAGGUCAGAAGUAAGAUCGGUGAACCUGUUGUCGCGGCGUUUAUAGCUGGGGGAGUAGCGGGAGCGGUUUCCAGAACAAUAGUGUCACCACUUGAACGCUUAAAGAUCUUGCUACAAAUCCAAAGUGUUGGCAGAGAAGAAUACAAGCUAUCAAUAUGGAAGGCACUCGUGAAGAUGUGGCGAGAAGAAGGAUGGAGGGGGUUCAUGCGAGGCAACGGGACGAAUUGUAUUCGCAUAGUCCCUUAUUCUGCGGUGCAGUUCGGGAGUUAUAAUUUCUACAAGAAAUAUGCUGAGAAUUCACCUGGUGCUGAUUUGUCGCCCAUACGUCGUCUUUUAUGUGGUGGAGCAGCUGGAAUAACUUCUGUCAUCAUCACAUAUCCUCUUGAUAUUGUUAGGACUCGACUGUCCAUUCAGUCAGCCUCGUUUGCUGCUCUUGGGAAGCGGGGUGCAGAUGAAAGGUUACCUGGCAUGGUUGGCACUAUGACUUUGAUGUACAAGAACGAGGGCGGUAUGCUUGCCCUGUAUCGUGGCAUUGUUCCAACCGUUGCUGGGGUGGCUCCAUAUGUCGGGCUUAAUUUCAUGACAUAUGAGUCUGUCCGCAAAUACUUGACGCCUGAAGGAGACAUCAAUCCUAGUUCUAUCCGUAAGCUGCUGGCAGGUGCCAUCUCAGGGGCAGUGGCGCAGACGUGCACAUAUCCAUUCGAUGUCCUACGGAGACGUUUUCAGAUCAACACGAUGACUGGUAUGGGCUACCAGUAUAAGUCGAUUUGGGAUGCUGUCAGAGUCAUCGUUGCUGAGGAAGGGAUGCAUGGUCUAUUCAAAGGUAUCGGGCCUAAUUUGCUCAAGGUGGCGCCGAGUAUGGCAAGCAGUUGGCUUAGCUUCGAGGUUACGCGGGAUUUUCUUGCGAGCCUAAAUGAUACAUAGAUCCCCAAUGGAAGUGAGACUUUCGUUCUUUCCCUUCGCAAUCAUCAUUGACAGCGUCACCCUUAACUGCUGAGUUGAAAUUUGAGGGCAAGUCAGGGUUACUUUUAAACAAUUGUGUCCUAUAUGAUUUUAAUUUAUAUACGCUUCGAUUGACUUAAUUUCUAUUUUAACACUAGAUGGGUAAGUCUAGCCCCCAC